AUGUUCAGUGUUUCUAGGAGGAAUUUGUGCGUUUCUACGCUUAGCCAAAAGCGAUUUGCACAUGAUCUUAUUAUAAGGCAAAGAACGGGAAAACCUAUCAUCAAAUAUGGUGCAGGAGGCCGAUCUUCAGUAAGCGGCCAUAUAGCAACUGUCUUUGGAUGUACGGGAUUCUUAGGGCGUUACAUUGUUAGUAAACUUGCCAGGCAAGGGACUCAAGUAGUUGUACCGUACAGAGAUGAAGAUUCAAAAAGACAUUUAAAAGUUUGUGGGGAUUUAGGUCAAGUUGUUCCUCUGGAGUUUGAUCUUCGCAAUGAAAAAAAUAUUGAGGAGGCUGUUAGACAUUCUGAUAUCGUUUACAACUUGAUAGGUAGAGAUCAUGAGACAAGAAAUUUCUCUUUUGAGAAAGUCCAUGUCGAAGGUGCUGCUAAAAUUGCCAGAAUUUCAAGAGAACUUGGUGUUUCUCGAUUUGUACAUGUAUCAGCAUUGAAUGCUGAUAAAAAUUCACCAUCCAAAUUCUAUCGCACAAAAGCUUUGGGUGAAGAAGCUGUGAGAAAAGAAUUUCCCGGAGCAACUAUAGUUCGUCCUUCUGCGAUAUAUGGACAGGAAGACAGAUUUUUAACGAGAUAUGCAUCUACAAAAUAUGAAUAUAUACUUAAUGGUGGCAGAUCAAAAGUUCGACCUGUUCAUGUUUUUGAUGUUGCUUUAGCUCUCGAGCGCAUGUUUAAAGAUGAAUCAACCACGGGAGAGACUUAUGAAUUAUAUGGUCCUCGUGAAUAUACUUUCGAACAAGUUCUUGAUCUAAUUGAUGAACUAAUUGAUAAUCGUAGACUUAGAUUUAAUAUCCCAAAACCAAUAGCAUUAGCUGUUACGAAAGCAUUUUAUCUUCCUUUUUUACUAACAAUUUCUCCUGAAGACAUUGAAAGAUUAUUUAUUAGUGAUAAAAUUACUCUAGGGGCAAAAACUUUUGAAGAUUUGGGAAUUAGACCGCUAAGUUUAGAAAUGAACAGUCUUGGUGUUCUUAGAAGAUUUAGAACUCCUAAGGCUUAUGAUCAACCUCUGGGUUAUAGCCGACCUAUUGAAAAAAAUAAGGUGGAAAAGAAAAGGGAGAUUUAUACCGAAUAUUGA